GAUUUAAAGCUGGCCGCUGUUACUGUACAGGGAGAUUUAAACUCGCAUAUGUAUAUUAACUAAUUUUCAAGCGAUUUAAAGUUUACUCUGAUAGUUAUCCCCAGUAAAUAAUCAUGGAAGAUGACAAAGAAGGCUUAAAAGACGUCAUCUUAGAAGAACUGGCUCGUUUGGGCGUACAGGAGAACCCCAAAAGAAGCAGCCAUGGCCAGGGCAGCAAACUCCUGGGUAUUACCAAUUCUAACAAUAUAUCCUCUAAAUCCGGUAAAUCUAAAUCGAAAGGCAAGAGGAGUCCCCGAAUAUCAGGAUCAAGGAGUCCCCUCAAACACCAAGGAAGUAAUAAAGGGGGACGGGAGGAUAGGAAACACACGGCCCCUAAGUCACCAUUCUCAUCAGCCAAGAGGAGGGCAGAGCAGCGCAGACAACACAGUAAAGACAAUAAAAAAGUGUUUGGUCGUGAACUGGGAAAUGUUCCAUCGGUGUGUGUGUACUUGUCAGACGGCAUACAAGUAACAGUCCCGGAGUUUAUGGUGGAUGUGUGUAGUCUCAUACGGCGGAAUAUUACGGUGGAGGGGAUCUUCCGCAAGGCUGGGUCGUCACAAAGGCAGAGUGAUAUUAAGAAAUUAAUAGAUAGUGGCAACAGCCUUCCCAACAGCGUACACGUGGUAGACGCUGCUUGCCUCCUCAAACAGUUUUUAAGAUGUCUUCCUGAUCCAAUUUUAUCAUCUGAGGUCCACUCCAAGAUUAUCAAAUGCAUGGAGCUAGCACAGGAGACUAAAAUUGAGGCCAUUCUUCUGUGUACAAUGUUAUUACCACAAACCCACAGACACACACUUGUGUACUUGAUGGAUUUCUUCUCGGAUGUUGUGACUACAAGUAGCAGCAACCUGAUGGAUGCACGCAACCUGGCAAUAGUGUUAGCCCCAAAUCUCUUGCCAACGACCAUAACUCUACCCUCCACCAGCAGUUGGAAGUCAUCGACCCAGUUUUUGACAUGUGAGGAUGCCAUGCUUGCCACCAAUAUUGAAGUUUUGCAGCUGCUGAUUGAGAAUGCUUCACUGGUGUGUCGCUUGCCAAGGAACUUAGCAUUGGCUCUUGAACAUAGAGAAAAGAGUAAGUCAACGGAGAAUCUAAUUGCUACCACCCAGCCACAUACUGCAACUAGAAAGAAGCGUCGCAGUGCAUCAAUACACAGGCUGAUGACAGGUCUGCGGCGUGUGGUCGGUCAUUCGAGAGCUGAUUCGGGCUCUCCUCUCCGAGCAGCUGGGAGUGCCGAGGAACUGGACUCCCUACACUUACACCCGGGUAUAGCACUAUCCCCAAUGCCAGGAACAGAACCAUCACCUCGAAAACGCAAAUCAGCUGACGCGUUUGACCUUUGCCUAGAACCUACGAGAGGCCAUCAAGCUGGUGUUGACGUCCACCCUUUGUUUACACCUCCAUCUAGCAAGAGGGCCAAGGUUGAACUUGCGGUGGACACAGUUGUUGGGUCUUCUGCUACUACCACUAGUGCUGUGGAUGCUGCAUCUUCUGCUGUUUCUGCUAGCCUUCCUCUUCUUGUUAGCACGACCCCUUCACUUACUAAGAAGCAGAACUUUAAGGUGGGUCAGCCCUGUUUCAUUCGAGAGGUCACGGGCUCACGGGACAUACUCGCCCAAUCGCCUGGCCGACCCUCCCUCUUGGGCAACUCCAAGCCGAGCAUCAAGAGGACCACUUCUGCGAAGAUCGGAACGUUCCCCAAAUCCCCGAGCACUAACGUACACACAGUCCACGCUGGUAUAAAUAGGAAGAGUUUAGGUCGAGUUGAGUCUCUCAGAAUUGAGCCAUUAGGACUCAAUAAGGUAGGUUCCCAUUUGAAGACACAAUCACAGGCUACUUCAUUGAUGUCACCGGUUGUUAGGCCAGUAUUAAAGCGAAGGAGCUGUGAUAUUCCACUUAGGACUGGUGUCAAGAGAGUGAGCACAUCUGAGGAACCUGUUCGGGUUAGACACAGGAGUAACAUUGGCAGGAGGAUGAGUCAGAAUGAACCCGAUGGUGCAGACGUCUCUACUCUGGGGCCACGUGGAGUGCCUGAUGGAGCAGAAUGUACUCUUAGAAAUCAAAUGGUACCAAAGCCCAGGGUGAGUGAUUGUAUAGAAACACUGGAGCAACACUAUGAUGAUAUCAAGUCUGUUGUAAAAACUAUGGAGGAUGAAUAUGAUAAGAGUAAUGUCCAGCAGAUGAAGGAAGUAUAUUUCCCAGAUAAUUCUUCAACAUCUGCACAGAAUAUGAGUUACUCAGAAAUGAUACAAAAUGCAUAUGAACGUAUGAAAGUAGAGACAAAAGAUCUUGGAGUCAGCCCAUCGGAUAAUUUGUCUAAAAGAUUGGGAAAGGAGCUCAAAAUUCGUAAUCGGAGAAGUGGAGAACACAGAGUGAUAAGGUCUCCCAGUGAACGGAAGAUUGGCACUAUCAGACGUCGAUCAAGGGAGUUGGUGCAGAAUGCUGCCAAGAGCCUUAUUAAUGUGGAAGAUACACCUACAAGUAAAUCAGUUCAGACACCCAAGAUGAAAGGGACUCUGAUGCAAACACCAAUAAGUACCUCCUUAAGGAGAGGGAGACCAAAUUCUGUGAAGUCGGGACUUCCAUUUGUGGUGCGGACCUCUGCAAGCAACAACUCUGAUUCACCAAUGCAGUUUGAAGAGACAACACCGACUAGUGUCGGUCGCAAGGUAGUAAUAAGUAAGAGAAAUGAUGACUCGCAUCUUAGAGGUGAGAGGAAUAACAUGUCUAAAGUGUGCCAAAAUGAAGUUUCUCUUCAGCAACGAUCACGAAAUAUGAACAUCUCUAAUAUGAGUGGUGAUGAGAGUUUAAUUGGCAGCUUCCUUGAACAGCUUCCUGGGCCAAUGACACGGAGGAGAUCCAGUCUUUUAUCGUUAGUUUCUAAUGUUUCAGCAUUUAAGCUUUCCUCCACAGAAACCUCUCUUACUGAUGAAUAUAUUAGGGGGGGUGGUAAUUCUUCAGCACAUAAGCAGCACAAUACUUCAGGGGGUGACACUAUGGAAACUAACAAGCAGAUGGAGGAGCAUAAUAAAGAACAGUUUGAGGUCAAGAAAACUCAGUCAGCAAUGAUGGCUGUUCCUCAGUAUUAUAUGUCUGGUUCUGGAGAACAAUGGCUUUCUGCAACAGAAUUCAUUAACUGUUUACCUGUAGAGGACCAAGAAGUUUCAACAGGGGAUGAAAAUGUUGGAAGACCAUCACUUGCAGCUCUGAUGAAACAGAAGAAAGUAACUGCCAAUGUACAACUUUUCAACAACCUUCACACGGAUAGUCCUUAUCAGCUACGGCGACAGUCUAGACUCCGUUACACUCCUCAUCAGCUUCCCCCAGAACGUUCUUCAGUCUCUGAUCGUAAUGGGAUCAGACUAAGUUACUCAAAGAGCAUGUCUCACCGCUCGACUAUGACGCCACGGGAACUACUAAAGGUUAGGCAGAAAUCAUUACAAUUUGAUAAACCUCCUCUCAACCCUGCAAAAAUUGCCGUAGUAUCGCCAUUAAAGGAAAGUACAUGGCUAAACAUUCAGAGGGAACAUUCACACGAAACUCCAAAGGCAUAUAAGGGAGAGGCCACAGCUCCUCGGUCACUGUUGAAAAAGAACGAGGCAAUAUUUAAGACCCCAGAGUCUCCCGUCACCUCUGGUUUUCCCAAUGUUAGUAAGUCUCCGGCAUCCCCCUUUAUGACUCCCUCUGAAACGUCACAUAAUCCACCAAAGCUGCCGCCGCGUGCUUCCAUAAGGCCUUCACCUAUCAGGAUACAGUACAGAUAAUUUUCUUACACUGGUGAUCUUUGCUGCUGGAUGAAGAGUAACUGGAAGUGAGCUAAUACACACACAUGAUCACACACUUUCUCUUCAUCUGUUGUUAUUAAUUCAUUCAUUCUUUCAACUAUAAAAGAUAUGUUCCAUUAUGAUACUCCCCUUCCAUCUGUCCAGAACAAGGCCCCAAAUCUGGUUUACCCUUGUCAUUUCACACAAGCCAGAAUCGCCUAUCAGCAGCACAAAUUUUUUUAUAUAAUAUCAUUUUAUACCCAACCCUGUUUACACACACACUGCUGCUUCCUGAAUGACAUCCCCCACCUAAGAAGACCUUGCUGAGCUCUUUGCCCAAUGUUCCUUCCAAUUCUUAUUUUUUACUCACUGCAUUCAAUUUAUCCCACAUAUUGGCCUUAUGCUUAUUAUGUCUAUCACCUCUGAUUUGCUCCAUCCUCCUGCAUGCAGAGGCCAUGCUUCACAACACUGCCUGUAUUAUAUGGCAAAUUCGUCUGUGUAUUGCUUAACCUUUACUUUUAUUAAUGAAGUUCCUUAUUAUUUCUCUUCUAAUAGAGAUGUGCUGUUUUCAGGAUCAUUUCAAUUCACUGUAAAUUUGAAUCAUUACAUGUAUUUCAUUAUUAGGAAUUAUUGCAUUCAUAUCAUGUCUGAGUUCAUUGUUUGAUAAUUUUUUAGGCUUUUGUGUUUUUAUAUUUUUGUUGCCCAGAUGAUAUAUUGUGCAGUUUUUUGUAGUUCAUAAAUAUUUUUCAUGGGACCAUGACACCCAACAACUACAGUAGAGUUCAGA